ACUGAGCUUCCCUGCGUCUUCACACUCACUCACUGGAGAGCAGAGGAAAGGAGCAAUCUUCUCUUUGCUCUCCCUGCUUUCUCUUGCUUCCCCGCCCAUCUGUGCAGUCAGCAGCUCCAGCAAAGUUGGCCUCAAACUUAAACGGAGCUGAAGCCUCUAGCUUCCUCAGAGCUCCAAGGUGGUGGUUGUGGUGGCAGUGGCAGUGGCAGCAGCAGCAGCGGCGGCAGCAGCAGCAGCAGGCGGCUCCAGGCUCCAGCGGUGGACUCCGAGAUCCUUGAGAAGCUCUUCUGAAUCUUCCAGCACCCAGCUAGCCCCUAGCCCUCUGCAAAACACACCCAGAGGUUUGAAAUCUGGACUGGCGGAUGGGGUGCUGAGGACCCUCUGGAGCACGUUAUCCUUAUCGGGACUUGAAAAAACCCAAGGCCCAAGUCAACAUGGCCAACCCAGUGCAGCCUCAGCUUCAAGACCCAGGCUCCACCUCACCCUUGGAUCUGCCCGAGAUGGAGAAGCUUCUCACCAAAGUGGAGAACAAGGAUGACCAAGCCUUGAAUCUGUCCAAGUCUCUGUCAGGGGCUCUGGAUCUGGAGCAGAAUGGUCACAGCCUACCCUUCAAGGUCAUCUCCGAGGGGCACCGCCAACCUUCCCUUUCUGGUUCCCCUUCCCGGGCCAGCUCUCGGCGAGCAUCCUCCGUCGUCACCACCUCCUACGCCCAGGACCAAGAAGCCCCCAAAGAUUACCUGGUCCUUGCCAUUGCCUCUUGCUUCUGCCCCGUCUGGCCCCUCAACCUCAUCCCCCUCAUCUUUUCCAUCAUGUCUCGAAGUAGUGUGCAGCAGGGGGACCUGGAUGGGGCACGGAGGCUGGGCCGCCUGGCACGGCUGCUUAGCAUCACCUUCAUCAUCCUGGGUAUCGUUAUCAUCAUCGUGGCUGUCACUGUCAACUUCACAGUUCCGAAGUAACCACAGAGCUGUUUGGAGCGGAGGCAGACGCCAGCCAGCUGGAGAGCUCCGACCGAACCCACAUGUCCCCACACAUUACAGAGGACAGGAUGGUGGCUGCCGAGUGCCCACCUGUCCCCAAGCUCCAAAAGCACAAACUUGGAGGGAAAUCUCUACGUCACUCCUUUGUCAGCCCACGGCAGACGGAAGGGAAAAUCUGGAAUGAAGUUGGCCGUGAACUCAAUCUCAUAGUUACAUCUCUCGCCUUUUGACCUCAGUUCUCGGGCUUGUUUCUCAUCCCACAAUUCCUGGGACUUACACGUAGCGUAAACUGCCAGAAUGGGAAGAAAACCAGCCCCACAGCCAAGAAAGAAGCACUGGGUGUCUAUGGACAUGAGCACAUCUUUUCUAUUUUUCUUGAAGGGGAGUAAACAGAUGGCUUGCAUGCUUUGUGCCGAGCAUCCACUGUGAUCCCAGCCGGAGCCCAGGGGGAAUCUGUCACUCAGCACAGACCCUGGAUACCCACUGGCAAAGAGACAAGAGCCACAUGGAAAUCCUCUAUUGAUGACUGGAUAGGAAUAGCAUGGCACACCUGGCACUCUUGCCGAAUGUCAAGCUCGAGGCUUCUCUACCAAGGACUCUGGAUCCAGAGUGUUUUCCAGAACUGCAGGUUCUGCCUCUUGAUUUCCACCUGUGCUAUACCUGCAGGCACCCAUCUGGAAGCCCUAGAACUUGACCUGUCCCAGGUCUUGCCACGGACUCUUUGGAGGUCUGGGAUCCCAUUUGGUAACCUACACAAGUGGUUCAGGAGCCUUAUACAGGGUAUUCAGGGGAUCCUACACAGAAGAGCUGAAGUGGAUCCUGGCUUCAGACUGUUAGCCGAGCUCUAAUGGAUGCUCUGUUCCUGGUCCUGGGUCCCAGGCCAUUCACAGCAGCAUCAGCUUUCCCCAGAGGUAGCUUUGAGACUCCUACUGGACUCUGUUUAUUCAAAGGUUCUGGGAAGUCUUUGCUGCCGCUUGUAAGGGAGGGAGCUAGAGAAUUCUUAGGAAGGCAUGUUAUUUCUUGACCUGGAGUCCAAGGAGUCCGGCAGGAGAGGCUCAGCUGAAAGGGCAGUUUGGGGAGUAGGGACCAUGACUGGAAGCAAAGGCCCAGUAGGCCCUAGUCUUAGGACCUAGCAGAACACGGGAAAGAAGCCGAACAGCCCUCUGCCAAACGGCCUCAUGCUCGUCGCAUCUCUAUUUCUCCAUUUAUUUUUGCCUGGCUGUGCCCACGGGGGCUUCACCUGCUGGCCUUGCCUGCUCUGAGCCCCGUCUACCCAUGUCAUACUCCACUGGCACCACCACCUUCAGCUCAGACCUGCUAGAGGGGCCUCCCCUGCCCAGCAGCCAGGAUUAUUGGCUUCAGGGGGGGGGAGGGGACAGGUCUACUGCCAUCACUACACUGGCUGGGGAUGGGAAGUUCACUUCCUCUGAGCAAAAUUAGGAUCCUGAUCCCUCCUUCCCCAGGCUCCAUGCUUGGCUCCCUAAAAUCUCAGAGAUGCUGGACAGGCCAAGUUAGCACAGAGCGCUGGCUGCUGGGAGAGGCUCUGGGGUUUCAGAGCAGCUGCUUGGAGGACUGAGGUGUUGGGAGUGUCUCUUAGGGGGUUGGUGCCCCUAAGUCAGGCUCCCACUGAGGAAGUGAACUUGGACUUCUGUUCCUAAAGCAGGAACUGGCUGCCCACCCUUUGUGGGACCUCUGAAACCAAACUAGGGACAUCCUCGUUUUCUGUGGGAAGUGAGCAGGUGAACCCAGAGCGAGUGUGCGAUUUGAGAGGUUCCUACCUAAAGAACACUUGUCCUAGACUCCCGAUCCUGAGUGGGUGGCCUCCUAAAGGCCCUCCCAGGACAGAUACUGUGUAGUCAUUGUCAUGAUGGCUUCUACACCACUGGAGUCUAGGUCACACCCAGCCAUUCCUCCCUGUCUCUUAGUCAGAGCUGUACACUAGGCCUGCCAGUCACACCUUCACACAUGCACACCCGCACACACUCACACACUCAUUCGUACUUCAGUCUGGAACAAACUGAGUCUCUAUAUUAGGGGGAUGGCUUAGCCAGAACAGGCAAGAACAACCUGGGAGCCUCCCAGUGGUUUCGGGGACCCAGCCUGGAGGUCCCCAAGAUAUCCCCUGGACAGACGGAGCACAGGGCAGGAGGAGAGAGACAUUGGGGUGGAAGGAGAGUGAGUGAGAGUUCUCUCAGUCCCCAGUUCCCACUGGAGCUCAGAGGGACGGGGCCCUGCCAUCUGAACUCUGGCUUGGUUCAGCUGCCGGCUGUAUGAUCCCAGUGGCUGAGCGGAGUGACUCAGCCUCUCCUGGGCAUCCUGGUGAACAUCAAGAAUUGCCUCCUCCCCACCACACACACUAGUGACUCUGUAUUUCUUGGCAUGGAAAGAAAUAAAACUGAACAUAUAUGUUCUCUGUGUAUGUA